GCACUCAAACAAUUGUGAUUCAUACUAAGCAUCGAAAGCAUUUUACAAUCAAAUAUCAUUUUACUUCACAGAGUUCCCAACUAACUACUAUAUUAUCAAACAUGUCGCUGAUUCCAAGUUUCUUUGGUGGCCGAAGAAGCAAUGUUUUUGAUCCAUUCUCUCUCGAUGUUUGGGACCCCUUGAAGGAUUUUCCAUUUCCAAGUUCUGCACUUUCUGCUUCAUUCCCUCGUGAGAAUUCUGCUUUUGUGAGCACACGGGUUGACUGGAAGGAGACUCCGGAAGCUCAUGUUUUCAAGGCUGAUCUUCCUGGGCUGAAAAAGGAGGAGGUGAAAGUUGAAGUUGAAGAUGAUAGGGUUCUACAAAUAAGCGGAGAGAGGAGCGUUGAGAAAGAAGAUAAGAACGAUAAUUGGCAUCGUGUGGAGCGUAGUAGUGGAAAGUUCUUGAGGAGGUUCAGAUUACCUGAGAAUGCCAAAAUGGAUCAAGUGAAAGCUUCAAUGGAGAACGGGGUUCUAACUGUCACCGUUCCAAAAGAAGAGGUCAAGAAGCCUGAAGUUAAGUCUAUUGAGAUUUCUGGUUAAACUUAGAGUGAGACCAGUUACUCUGUUGCUUUAAAUUGUGUGCUUUCUUGGUUAUAAUAAUGCUUACCUUUUUGUGGCGUGUGCAAGAAAAUGUAUGGUGAUGUAAUUCUGAAAUGUUAUAAAUAAAUUAUUAAAUACUUGUUGUUA